CCCAUGCUGUGCUCUAUGGUGAACUCGGGCUGUGUGCUGCUGUCCGGCUCCGGGAUGCUCCCCCACCCUCUGCAGUGCCCCCCCCGCCUUCCUCUAUCUGCCCCAGGGCAACCAAGAGGCCCCAGCUCCUCCAGAGGCCAUGGCUCAGCCGUUCCCACCAGCCCAGUACCCGGUUCCUCCUCAGAAUGGGAUUCCCACCGAGUACGCCACGCCCCACAGCCACCCGCCCACGGACUACACGGGGCCCACCGCCGUGGGCGAGCACGCCCUGACGCUGUACACACCCACACACACACAGAGCGAGCAGCCGGGCACCGACAGCAGUACACCACCUGUUAGCGGUACUUACAAUGAAUAUCAGGCCGAGGAUGUGGUCCAGAUGGAGGGAUCUCAGCACGUUCACCUGCAGCCCACUGAGCCUUCAGAGAAGCAACAGCCCAAAAGACUACACGUCUCCAACAUCCCGUUCCGGUUCCGAGACCCUGACCUGCGGCAAAUGUUUGGGCAAUUCGGCAAGAUUCUCGAUGUGGAGAUCAUCUUUAACGAGCGCGGCUCUAAGGGCUUUGGGUUUGUAACAUUUGAAACGUGUGCAGAUGCUGACCGUGCACGGGAGAAACUAAAUGGUACAAUCGUAGAGGGACGCAAAAUAGAGGUCAACAACGCCACGGCCAGAGUAAUGACCAACAAGAAGAUGGCGAACCCGUACACAAACAGCUGGAAGCUGAACCCUGUGGUUGGAGCUGUGUACGGUCCUGAGUUUUAUGCAGUCGCAGGCUUUCCGUACCCCAGUACUGGAGCUGCAGUGGCCUUCAGAGGAGCUCAUUUGAGAGGGAGGGGACGCACUGUCUACAACACGUUCCGCGCUGCACCUCCUCCUCCACCCAUUCCUGCAUACGGAGCUGUGGUCUACCAAGAUGGCUUUUAUGGGGCAGAAAUAUAUGGAGGAUAUGCAGCCUACAGAUAUGCCCAGCCGGCCGGUACCGCUGCAGCAGCUUACAGUGACAGCUAUGGCAGAGUCUAUGCAACAGCAGACCCCUAUCACCACACGAUCGGUCCUGCAGCCACCUACACUGUGGGCACAAUGUAAAUAAAGGACUAGCGGGGUGAGUAGAGAAGAACGCCGAUGCAGACGGACUCUAAAAAAG